AUUUUACAGGAAGGACCGAGCCUCCACUGUCCCCAGCAGCCUGGAAUGGGUAAUGGUGUGAAGGAAGGUACGGUGCGAUUGCAUGAGGAUGCCGAGGCCGUCCUGCCCUCGCCCGUCUCUUCAAAGAGGGAUCACAGACAAAUUCUCAGCUCCCUCUUGUCUGGGGCCCUGGCUGGUGCUCUUGCCAAAACAGCAGUAGCUCCCUUGGACCGAACCAAAAUCAUCUUCCAAGUAUCUUCAAAAAGAUUUUCUGCCAAGGAGGCCUUCCGGCUGCUCUACUUCACCUACCUCCACGAGGGCUUCCUCAGCCUGUGGCGUGGGAACUCGGCCACCAUGGUGCGUGUGGUACCCUACGCUGCCAUCCAGUUCAGCGCACACGAGGAGUACAAGCGAGUCCUGGGCCGCUACUACGGCUUCCGUGGAGAUGCCCUGCCCCCUUGGCCUCGCCUCCUCGCAGGGGCACUCGCUGGAACCACAGCUGCUUCGCUUACCUACCCCCUGGACCUGGUCCGAGCCCGCAUGGCCGUGACCCCAAAGGAAAUGUACAGCAACAUCUUUCACGUCUUCAUCCGCAUCUCCCGGGAAGAGGGGCUGAAGACCCUCUACCAUGGCUUCACGCCCACCGUGCUGGGGGUCAUCCCCUAUGCUGGGCUGAGCUUCUUCACAUAUGAGACACUCAAGAGCCUGCACAGAGAGUACAUCGGCCAACGGCAGCCCUACCCCCUGGAGCGCAUGAUCUUCGGGGCCUGCGCUGGCCUCAUCGGGCAGUCAGCCUCGUACCCGCUGGACGUGGUGCGGCGACGCAUGCAGACCGCUGGAGUUACAGGCCACCCUCACUCCUCCAUCGCCGGCACACUGCGUGCCAUAGUGCGGGAGGAGGGCGCAGUGCGUGGCCUCUACAAGGGUCUAAGCAUGAACUGGCUCAAGGGCCCCAUCGCCGUGGGCAUCAGCUUCACCACCUUCGACCUCAUGCAGAUCCUGCUGCGGCGCCUGCAGAGCUAGGGGCCCGCGCCUGGCUGCUCUCGGGACAGGGAGCCAAGCUCCAGCGCGCGGAAGACGCUGACCCCUGAUGUUUUAGAGCCUGGGGAGUGAGAGGGCGCUUCACUCUGCCCCAGAGCCACGUGGGACCGCCUUGUGGAACAAGCAGGCAGGCCAGGGGUCCUGGGCUCAGCACCCGUGGGUCUGCAAGGAAAGCCAGAAGCCCUUCAAGUCAGUGUUGGGGUCGAUGAGCACGCAGCCUCUCCUCUUCCCUCCUCCCUGGGCCUGGCUCUGCUUCCUGGAAGUGCCCCUCUGACGCAGGAGUGGCUGUUGCCACCUCCUGGUGCUCUGUGUUUUUGGACACGCUCCUGCUUCUAGUGACCCUGUCCCCACUAGGCUCAGAGCCAGACUCCGCCUGCCCCUUGUUGGGCCCUGUGUAUGCUCACUGCUCAGGGUGGAGGAGCUGGGGAGUGUGGGAGAGGCCCAGCCUCGGCUGUUCACAAGGGACCAGUCUCCUGCUCAGUUGCGGCUACAAAUUGCUGCCUCUUGCCUGCCCUGCCACACCCCUGUCCUGCCUUUACUUCCCAGGUGACAUGACUCCUCAGCCCCCAGAGUCUUCUGUUGGUGAACAGCCUUCUCCAAGUGAUCCUGAUCCUGACUUCACUCCAGGGUGAGGCCCUGGAGCCAGUCUUACCCUCUGUUGCCCACCCCACAGCUGCACCCACAGAGGCCGAGCCUUGGGCCCUGACUCUCUGUAGGCACAGAGGCUUCUGGGGGGACCCGUAGCAUCUGGCACAUCCUUGGCUCCCCACCUGAGUGGGCACUUGGCAUGGACAUGGGGCAAUUUAAGGCCUGUGGGAUUGUCUGAUUUCCAUGAAUGGGAUGCGUGGAGGUGGGUGGCAGCCUUGAUCUUCCCCAAGUGGAAGCCCGUGACAGUGUAUGGCCUGGGGUGGGAAGUUCAGAAGAGUGGAGGUACCACAGGGCCCCCCAGGGAGCUGGUCUCAGAAGUUCCCAGGCCCCCUGGGUAUCACAAGGACUCAAAAACACCCAUUUCCUAGUGACAUUUGGAGUUUCUUGACCUUUUUGGUUUUAAAAUUUGGCCAGCCCUGGUCUAGUCGCAGUACACCCUAACCAGCCCGAUCCGGCUCCAGGGCAAGGUCCGCUCAGCACCUUGAUAUGGGAAAUGACCUGUGUGCUUGCUCCAGUUCAUUUCCAGCCAUGACUCAUUUCUUACCUUUGUUCUGCCCUUGUCUGUCCUUGCCUUGGACCUGUGGGGUGUCCUUCCUUGCAUGUGUCCACUGGCCAGCCCUAGUAUCAUUCCCAGACUCUUGUCCCCAGGGCUCAAGCAGCCUGUGAUUGCUGUCCUAUUGGGUGUUUCACCUCUUCUCCCAGCCUUGCCUAGUGCUCAGGAGAGGCAGGGGCACCCCUUACAGGGAGAUGAGAUGGAGGCCCAAAGGCAAGAGAGAGCAUCAGGAACUGGGAGCCCACCCCAGGUGGGUGAGACCAGGUGGCUGGUUGGGCUGCACCCUCCUUUGAGCUGCAGGCUGGGCAGGAGCAGGAGGGUCCUCUAGGUCCUGCUGGCCCGUGUGCCCCCCAACAUGGCUCCCAGCACCGUGGGCCUCGGCAGCACCAUACCCACUCCCCAGCCCCACACAGCCAGGCUGGCACCCUCCGCAGUCACACCCCUCCCCACUGGCUGCCUGGCCUGGCCUGGAGCUAUUUUGAUGCCAUGAAGAGACUUUGUUUAUAUAUAAUGUUUAUAUAUUUUAAAGAUUUGUGCCAAGAGAGUAUAUUUAAUAAAAACUAAAAUAACUUUUCCUCCUGCCCAUGUCUCUUUUCUUAGGCUCUGACCCCCUUCCCCCCACCAGGAACCAAAAACAGGUUUGCGGUUAUUUCAACAGAUUUUAAAAUAAAGUCAUGAAUAAAACUUUUUAAAAUGUAAUUGUUUUCAUUGUUAAUUCAUACUUUGAUUUUCUAGAAAAUGCAAACUGCAUGAAAGGGUUUAUCAAGUUUGGUGGGUCUCCCAGCUCUUUCUGCAGGGGCACCCUGUUACCAGUUCAUUGUGUGUCCUUCCAGAGAUCCUGGUCGUAGACACUUGUGCCCUUGGGGACAUCAGUCAGGAUGGGCUGUGUCCUGCUCAGCAAGUGCGGCCCCAAAGUCCUGAGGUUUUUGUCUCCUGCACCCUGUCUGGCAUGUGCUAGGGGCCCCUGUCCACACCUGGAUAAGGCCUUGGGUUUAAGUGUUGCCAUCUUCAAGUGCAGGAGUGUGAGGCCACCAGAGGUCUGUCUCAGUGGCCAUGGCAUUCAGGGCAACCAACCAGAGGCAGGAAGUGGGUACCUUGCGUGUAAGUGGUGAGUGACAUGGUAUUUACAUACUUACUACUUAACCUCAUUUAUUUACUCACUUCGGGGUCAGCUUUUUGUGGUGAAAAAUAAUGCUGUGACUGUGACCCUGGCUCC